UCUGCUGAUAACCAGGCUAGUCGGUCACACCAGCAAAGUCAGGAUGUUUUGGACAAAUUACGGGCAGUCAUCUCGGACAAGGACAAAACCAUCAGUACACUGCUGGACAGUGUCCAGGAGAAGGACAAAGUGAAUGGACAGCUCAGGCAUGACCUUCAGAGCAAGGAUGACCUGGUGGAUAAGCUUCAGACGCUGUUGCGCCAGUCUCAGACAGGCUCCAGUGCAGACCUAAGUGCCAAACUCCAGGAGCUACAGAUAGAGCUUGCUGUAAAAACCGAGGGGUUGAGGAAUGCCAGACGUAUGGAAGAGGACCUGCGAGAGCAGAUUCAGGAGCUGAAGCAGAAGUUAAACAGUGUGCCCCAAGGUGACCGGGAGUACCAUACCCUGGAGAAACAAAUAUACUACCUCAAGGACAAACUGGAGGGUCAGGGCUGGACACCAGGAGGCAGCAGUCCAGGGUCACCAGGGGGCAGCAGUGCAGGGUCAAAUGGUCAGCAGGUCCUACUGCAGGAGACAUUGCAAGCCCAACUUGAAGAACUUAGGAGGUUGAAUGCAGCAGUGCAAACAGAGCAACACCUUCUGGAGAGUAUCAGAGACAAGAGUCAGGGGAG